AUGGCCACCCUCGACAGCCUCCCAGUGGACAUCAUCCACCACAUCCUCACCCAUCUCGACCUGCGCUCGACCAGCCGGCUCUCCCGGGCAUCCCGCUCGCUGCACAGACUCACCCGCUCGGACUCGCUCUGGAGGAGGAUCGCCAAGACGCUGGUCGGCCCAUGGACACACAGAGCCCGGCUCACCGCUGUCCAGAAGCCGCCGCCCGACUGGACAACCGACCCCAACUGCUUCCCCCUCUCCCAGUUCUCCCCGCCGAACCCCUCGCACCACGCUCAGGAGCUGCCGAUCAACUCCUGGUACCAGUUCUGCACCCGCUUCCUGAUCCCCCACUUCCACUUCCUGGGCUGGCACGUUUCAAAUAUACUUCCCCAUGGCCAGCUCAUCCUGGUCACCUACGAUACAUCUUCUGGGCGAUUGCGAGCAGAAGAGAUCAAGUGUCGGAACCUCUACAGCACCCAUCCGGACCCCUUCUUCAUCCACCCAUUCGGUCUGGGUCGGCCAGAGCCCAGCGCAAGCGCCCAUCCCUCUGCUCAGCAGGCCCAAGCACCGGUCUGGCCAUCAUGGCUGCCCCUGAGCCAAAUCCAUCUGGACUCGAACCGGGUCCAGUACAGUCUUGCGCCAGGGGUGGAGUCGCCAGAGGCCAGUCGAUACACCUUCGAUAUCUUUGCGCCCCUCUACGUCGCCUCGCCGCUCUUCUCGAUCUUCCCCUUCGAGCCGCACUAUCGACUGGCCUGUGUGCCGAGUUCGUACCAGCAGAUCACCAUCCAGAAGCCCUCGCUGAUCGUCAAGCCGUGGAGCGCGCUGGUGCUUGAAGACGCGCCCACCCCGCUCUGCCACCCCACUCAAAUCAUCGCCCGGCGUGCCAACAUCCUCUCCCGUGAGGUCCUGGCGCACGAACAGAUGGACAUGGUCAGUGACCCGGGCCCGGACGCCGCCGAGUUCCAUUCGCUCACUCUGGCCUCAUCGCCCGAGACCCCGGCCGGCCGAGUCGACACCGCCGCGCCGAACAACGACCCCCGGAUCCGAUACCAAGGCGGCGCUCGUCAGCAGCAGGCGGUACGUGCCUCGAACAUCCUGCUUGGCGGGCGGACGUACACGACCAAUGGCGCGGGUCUUCUGCGCCCCGUCGUCCACUUCCCGGUCUGGUCCAUCGAAUACUAUCCGCUCAUCGGCCCUCCCCCGCUCCAUCCGUCCGGCGGUGGUCAUGGGGGGCCCCAUGGGCUCUGGGUCGGCUGCUACGGUAGCCAUGGCACCGAGUUCGGCCACAUCAUAGUCGAGCCCGACUUGAUCUCCUUCGUCAAACUCACCGGCGAUCCCAACAUCCCCGCCGGCCAGCUUAGCUGGAAGGUCCGCUCCGACCGGAUCCAGUCAAUCAACCCUAUCCCGCUCACUCAAGCUAUAUCUAUCGAUCUGGGCACUAGUCAGGCCGAUCCUGGCUGGCUCAAAGGUCUCGGUCAAGUGGCUAAUACUAACUACGAAGAGCCUGGAUGGAUCAAUACCGAGGUCCAGUUCAUCUCGAAUCACCAACAUACUCCGCACCCUGCUCAUCUCUCUUCAGACCAUCAUCUAUUAAGAGACGUCGAACAGAUUCGCGUCAAGUGGAUCGAGCUUGGCCGGGUCUCGACUUUCUUUAAAGUCGUCUUUCCUUAG